AUGGGGUGCUUGACGGUUGGGCUUGCUGUCCUUGCUGCAUCUGCGGCUCAUCUUUUCCUGGAAAAGUUAAUUGACCUUGAAGUUUCGAAAGGAUCUUACAUUAUCAGCCAUUAUGAAUCAGCUCAUCGGCGCUCCUCUCCUUGCUCGCCGUCUUCUUCGAGCGUGCGAGAACGCCGCCCGCUCUCCCUCCACGUACUCUCGUGGGCAUUCCUCGUCGCUCUUUCACAGAUUCCAGGGGAGCAGCUGCUGCUAACGGCGAGUCUUCGUUACAUAACGUCCACGUUUGAGAGCGUGGAACUCAACACUGUUCCGGUGUUGGUGUUCGUUGUUCCAGUUUUAGCGGGUCGGGAAAAGUUCCGGUUUUGGAGCCUUAACGGGCAGGCGAAGCUACUGGGCGUCCUGUCGUCGGCGGUGGGGGCUACUGUGUUGGUAAUUUUUGAGGAUGGUAAGGGCUCAAAUGUUAAAAGUGCGCAGGGUCCGAAGGGCAGGCUCACUGGGUGCUUUUUGCUCGGGCUCGCGGCCCUCGUUGCGUCCGCGGCGUACCUUUUCCUGGGAACUGUAAUAGCUGCGAUGGUGAACUUUGCUCGGAUUUGGUGCAUACACAAGAAAGGACCAGUUUUGGUAUUAGCAUUCACCCCGCUGCUCAUCGUCUACUCCUUCCUCUUUCAAACUCUCGUCUUCCAAGUCUCUCCACGGUUUUGGAGUAUUGUCGCGGCUUCUUUCGUCAUUGGAGGCCUGUAUAUCCUCCUCUGGGCAAAAUCGAGAGACAGCGGGGCAAGGAAAGUUGACAAUGGUGAUGAACAGAACCGGUUAUCUGAAAGUUCAACGGCAGAGCCGCUCCUUGGAAACAUUUAA